AUGAGGGAAGCUCACAAAAACAGUACAUUCCAAAUUCAAUUCCACCUCCAGGCCUUUUCCAAUUAUGUUGAAUGGCAACCUGUGUUCUUCAUUGGGAUUCUCUUAAUGUAUCUGCUGGCUGUCUUUGGAAACAUGAUGAUCACCAUACUUGUGUGCCUAGCACCUCAGCUUCACACGCCAAUGUAUGUAUUCCUGUGUAAUCUGGCUAUCCAGGAUAUUGUGUACGUCUCUUCAAUUUUACCAAAGCUGUUAUUCAUCACAAUAACAGCUGACAACAGUAUUAGUUUUCCAGGUUGUAUUACACAAUUAUCUUCUUUUUCAUUGUGCGUUGGUACUGAAUUUUUUCUUCUGACUUCCAUGGCAUAUGACCGUUAUGUGGCUAUUUGUAUACCUUUGCGUUAUUUUCUUAUUGUAAACAAAAGAGUGUGCAUACAGCUGAUCAGUGCUUCCUGGAUUACUGGUUUCAUAAAUUCAUUUAUGCAAUCUUUGCUAAUAUGUAAUCUAUCAUUUUGUAACUCAACAGAAAUCAACCACUUCUUUUGUGAACUAAAAACCAUGAUGAAACUAUCCUGCAGUGAUAUCAGCAGCAUUAAUACUUUACUAUCUGUGGAAUGUGUCAUUCUAGGCUUUAUCCCCUUUAGUUUGAUAAUAGCGUCCUACGUGUGUAUCAUUUCCACCAUUCUAAAGAUUAAGACCUCAUCAGGAAGACAUAAGAUGUUCUCCAGUUGCUCCUCACAUCUUACAAUAGUUAUUAUAUUUUGUGGGACUGUCCUCAGCUUAUACAUAAAACCAGAAUCUGAACGUUUUCAAGAACAAGAUAAGUUACUCUCAAUGCUAUACAUUGGUUUAGUGCCAAUGCUAAACCCAGUAGUAUAUAGCUUGAGGAACAAGGAUGUUUUGAAAGCAAUGAAAAAAAAUAUUGAAAUUAUAUCCAAAUAG